AUUAUUUUAGAGGAUCUUAAAGAAUAUUUCUGCAAAUUUGGUGAUGUGACUGAUGUCACAAUCAAGACUGAUCCAGCUACUGGAAAGUCUAGAGGGUUUGCUUUCAUCACAUUUGCAUUAGAUGAGACAGUUGAUAAUGUUUUAAAGAAUGUCCCUCAUAAUAUCAAAGGAAAGCAGAUCGAUCCUAAGAGGGCAAAAGCAAGGCCUGGAAUUAAAAAAAUCUUUGUUGGUGGACUAGAUAUUGACUAUCCUGAAUCUGACAUCAGGGCUUACUUUGAAAAAUACGGAAAGGUUGAAAAUAUUGAACUUCCAUUUGACAAAGUUAAAAAUCAGCGAAGACAGUUUUGUUUUGUUACAUUUGAAACUGAAGAUGCAUGUGAACAAUCUUGCAAGCAAUCUAAGCAGAAGAUUGGAAAUAAAGAAUGUGAUGUUAAGAAAGCUACCAAUAAACCCGAUCCUAGGUUAGGUGGUGGUAGAGGCGGACCAGUGAGCUGCUGGGGAGCUGGUUUUGCUGGUGGCCGUGGAGCUGCUCGUGGUAGAGGAGCCAGAGGUCGUGGAGGUCCUAUUCCCCCUGCACCUCAAGGUUGGAAUGCUCCUGGAGCAUACGGAUCUGGUGGGUAUGGACAGCAAUCUGGCGGAUAUGGCUACAAUCAAGGCUAUGGCGGUGGAUACGGAAACUAUGGUGGUGGAUAUGAUUAUGGAUAUGGCAGUGGCUAUGGAGGAGGAUAUGGUAAUUAUGAUUACAGUGGCUAUUACAAUCAGCAAGGCAGUGGUGGAUAUGGAACAACUGGUGGUUACGGUGAGCAAUUUUAAAUUUUAUUGCUCAAAUACUGUACCAUUUAAGUUAUACAGUACAUCACACAG